AUGACCCCCUUGGCCCCCAGCUCCUUUAAAGGCCAGCUGCUGCUCGCACUCAUGCUCAGCAUUGGUCUCAAGGUACUCACCUUCUCCCUCAGCACCAUCCUCACACGACUCCUGCUGCCGUACCAGAAUGGCGUGUACUUCACCUUCAACGUGUACAACGACGCCGUACUGUUCAUUGCGCGGGAGGCGACCCGCAACGUAGCGUCUCGGCUGCCCAUCAUAGAGCCGAGCGCAGAAGCGGAAGACAGCGCCGAGCACCACGGCAAAGGCGGCGCGGCUCAUGAGAUGAGCCCUGCUGAGCGAGGUCGCGCACCUUCAGCGCCAUCCGCUUCGUCUGCGCGGACGCCGGCGAGCUUGGUGAGGGUGGCCAACGUCCGUGCGGUGGUGAGCAUAGCCUUCUGCUCUGUGCCGCUUGCCAUCGUCGUGGCCGCGGUGUUGGAGGCUCUCGGUACGUGCCUCGGCGUAGCGUCAUUCGUUCCUUCCAUGAUGCAGCACGCGCGUGCCAGCCAGCAGGUCUUCCGCAAGGCGGAGAACGCCAGCGGCCUCGACGGCGCAAGCACACUGACGGGGCUCCCGUUUCUUCUGCUUCCGUACAUGCCGGAGAUGACGGUGGUGCUGUGCGCUGUCCUUAUGGCAGCCGUGGAGCCGUGCGUCGUGCUCGUUCAGUCGCUGAACCUGUUCCGUGUGGUUGUUCUGGCCGAGUGCGCGACGCUGGUAGCGCGGCUGUGCACCAUCAUCGGCAUUGUGUACGCUUGCCAGCGCUACAGCGCCGGCGGCCGCACACCCCAUGGCGAGGUGGGCAAUGGGCUGCGCACCAUGUGGGAGGCACGUAUGGCGUUGGCGUUUGGCCAGCUCGCGUACGCGAUAACGCAUGUGAUCUACUACUCGCUGGUCCUGUCGGGACUCCCAGUGGCUCGCUGGCUCGGCUGCAGCACCGCAAUGGAGCAAGUGCGAGCGGCAGCACUGCUGGCGCAUGCAAGGGACAUGAGACAGUCAGAGCAGGAUACAGGUGCAGGUGGGUCUGCUGGUGAUGCAAAGGCGGCGCCGUCUUCGGCGCUUGCCGCCCCGUUACAGGCGGGACGAUGGGCGACCUUUGCCUUUCCCUUCUGCUUCUACUCCAUUGUGGACAGCGUCGCAGUCUGCCGGCGCUACGCCGCUCUCUUCAGCACGUUCCUGCGCGAAAGCCUGCUGCGACUGGUGCUGUCCGAGGGGGAGAGCCUCACGCUGACCUCUCUCGGCUCCGAGACGGCGCGGGGGUACUACCAGCUCAUCUCUAGCCUCGGCUCUCUCGUCGCCCGCCUGCUCUUCCGCAUCUGGGAGAACGCCUGCUUCGUCAAGUGGAGUCGCGAGGCCUCGCUGGGCCACCGACACACCGCCGUGCAGUUGCUGAAGCUGAUGCUGCGCCUAGCCUUCUAUGUCAGUUUCUCAUUCACCCUGUUAGGCCCCCCGCUGGCAAAGACGUUCCUGGCCACGAUGUACACGUCGCGGUGGGCGACGCCGCAGGUGUCGACGGCGCUCCAGCUUUACUUCUACGACCUACCGCUGAUGGCCUGGAACGGGCUGCUGGAGGCGUUUCUGCGUGCCGUCGCUUCCCCGGCGGUGCUGCACCGGUUGCAGGGGUGGAUGGUCGGGGAGACGGUUUUGUACAUCGCGGCGUGCUACGUCACGCUAGUUGCCUUUGGAAAGGCGGACUCACAGGGCGAGAGUGUAAGCGUGCUGGUGCUGCUGAACAUCUUCAAUACGCUCUGGCGGUGUGGCGUGUCCAUUUACCUCCUGGUAAGCUCCCCGGGUGCUGCGGUCGGCGCUGCAACGGCUGCCUCAACUAGUGCCCAAGCCAAAGACGGAGGCGAACCUGCCGCCCCGGCCCUCCCUUCCCUCGCUCCGCCGUCUCCCAUCGUGCACCUGCGUGAUUUUGUUUCUCUCUUUCCCAAGCACGUUCUCGGCUCGAUCCUCGGCAUCUUUGUUUGUAGCCGUGUGCUGCGUGAGAACUCAGUGGUGACCAUCACGGCGGUUGGCUUGGCGUACGCCGCAGUGAUUCUUGCCUGGGAUGGCGAGGUGCGCCAGCUUCUCGUGACACCGGCGUGGAGCCGUAUGCGGCCGCUGUUGCUGGGGGCCCCGAUGGCUCGUACGCGGGCCUGA